AUGUCUAAAAAGAAGCGCAAGUCCACUGAAAACAAAGGAGGAGGAGGAGGAGGAGGCGACCAAAAUCGUCAACAUCGCGCCUCACCGAAUGAUUUCCUCUCGCCCGGUCCAGUUUCGAUGUCCCCGCACGACAUCGACGACGGGUACAUGAUGGGGGAGAAAAAGAAAAAAGCGCAGAGGAUGAAACAUUCGAACGAUGCGAUAUCGCACAAGGACUCGGACGAUCGAGUCUUCUUCGACGCGUCGAAAACGUCGACGUACUUCGAAGACGUCGAGAACAGUUUCAAAGUGGACGUUAUCGACGAACCGUCCUCGGCGUACGCUCCGAAACACUCAAAAAAUCUUACUUGGUCCGAUGUCAUUCGCGACGGCUUUAAAACAGUUACACCGGAGGACUGCGCGCACUGGCUGUUCUUUCCGUAUUCGACGGACGUGUUCCAGUCACGAAUAUUCGAACGGAAAUGUUUCGUUCGAAAGCAAAGCGUAACGAGCAAAAGUGGGUACGAGGAUUUACUCACCUCGGAGGACAUCGAGAGAUGGUUGAAGGAGAAAAAAUUGACGUACGGGACGAACGUCGACGUGACGAGUUAUAAAGACGGCGUGAGAAGAACGCACAACGCGAACGAUGGGUUUAGUAACGUGAGCAAAAACGCGGAUUACGAAACGGUCGCGAAACGGUUCGAGGAAGACGGGUGCUCGGUCAGAGUGUUGCAUCCGCAGAGGUGGUCGGAUAAGUUGUGGGCGUUGUUGUCGAAUUUGGAAAAUUUUUGGCAGUCGCCCACGGGGUGCAACGCGUAUUGGACGCCGGCGAAUAGUCAAGGGUUUGCCCCACAUUGGGAUGAUAUCGAUGCGUUUGUGUUGCAAAUAGAAGGGAGGAAGAGAUGGCGGUUGUAUCCAACGAGAGAUGUGAGCGAGAAGUUUCCGAGGUUUAGUAGCGAGGAGUUUUCGGAAGAAGAGAGGAAACGGUUGGAGGAGAUGAAGUACGUGGAAGUCAUUUUAGAACCCGGGGAUGUCAUGUAUAUGCCGAGAGGAACGAUUCACGAGGCGUUUUGUAUCACCAGUGAAGAUGAAAAUGAUGGAAAAAAAGACGAAUCGAGUUUGCAUUUGACGAUUUCGGUGAAUCAGCGGAAUACGUUUGCGGAUAUUUUAGAACACGUCUUCUCGGACGCGUUGGCGGAUGCGGUAAAUACGAACGUCGAGUUACGAAGAUGUCCACCGAGAGAUUUCUUGAGACAUUUAUCUCGAUUAGAUGAAACGGACGUUAACUUUCUAAACUCGAAAAAACUUUUAGAGCGAUGCUGUAACGUCGUCGUAGAGAACAUGAUGAAGAACAACGUCUUUGCCGGGUCGGUGGAAAAGCUCCUCGGGAACCUCAUGCGUGAACGCGUCAGGCCGCCGAAAGCACACACACGAUUAACCAAAGCGUCGUUGGGAGCGAAACCGUCGAUGAGCUCCAAAAUAGGUUUAGUACAAAAAAACUGCGCGUCUUUAGAAGACUGCGACGACGGCGUCGUUCGCUUGCGCACGUACAUCAACAACGAUAGAAAAUUACACAUGGAAGGCGCUUCGGCGAAUAUUCUAGACGCCGACGCCUACAGAGAAGCGUCGAGUUGCUUAAAAAUCGACCCUGAAAUCGAAGGUGACGAUUUAGACGCGCUAGCGACGGUCUUGUACGCAAACUACGAGGAUGGAGUAGAAGUGAAAGACUUGCCGUUUGAUACGGACGAAGAGAAAAUGGCCUUCGCGAGACGUUUAAUAGACACUAACGCCUUCUGUGUCCUCUAA